CGGUCACUUUGCCAGUCGCAAUUUCUUUCCCGAGGGGACCACAUUUUUCGGCGCACCUCAUUUCGGUUGCUUCAAUUUUGGAGAAAAGUACGCAGUCAUGGGCGUGGAUGUUGAAGUGAUCUCACCUGGAGACGGCAGGACUUAUCCCAAGACCGGACAAACCGUCGUCGUCCAUUACACAGGUACCCUCGACAGUGGGAAGAAAUUUGACUCUAGUAGAGAUCGAGGUGUGCCCUUCAAAUUCAAAAUCGGCAAAGGCGAGGUAAUCAAAGGAUGGGAUCAGGGCGUUGCUCAAAUGUGCGUUGGAGAACGUGCAAGAUUAACUUGUUCACCUGAUUUCGCUUACGGAUCCCGAGGACACCCUGGCGUUAUUCCGCCGAAUGCUGUUCUGGUCUUCGAUGUGGAGCUGCUGAAGGUAGAGCCUUGAGCGCAAUUUUCCUGUACCAAAUUCGACCAAAACCACUCGUCUCAACAUCUGAGAAUUCAGAAGCGCUUACAAUUUUAUGAAGCGUCUAUGCAACCUUGUGUUAGGUAAUCCUAAGACAGACGGCACGCUGUAUCCUCUUAACUUAAUUACUUGAAUCGUGCAUUUGUGUGCUCUACUUUUUUGUUUUAAGAACGAGAUGGACUCGCACUUUGUACGAUUGAAUUAGAAACUAUAUCAAUGCAUUUGAAGAAAAAUAAAUCUACUUUGCUCAUUCCAUUUACUUAAUAUUUGGUAAUCCACCUGUGUAUUUUGUACAAAAAGUCCAGGUCUUUAUCGGUUAUUAUGGAUCAUUGUGAGAAUUCUCAAAACACUUAAUAAAUAUCAUGCUCUGUCUUAA